GCGGUCACACUGCUGCCGACAAAUAAAGAACAAUAAUUCCGUUUGUUGCACAAAAAAUACAUAAAUUUAAUCGCAAUUGAUAAUUAAUUACUGUGCUUACACAUACAAAGUGCAUGUGCGUGUGUGGUGGCCGUCGGUGAAACAAAAUUGUUAAUUAGAGCAUCGAAGUAGACGCGUGUAAAAAUUUGCGGAAUUAUCGUCGUGGUCGUGUCAUUAGAAAAAGAAGAGAGCGAGCAAGCGAACGAGAGCCGCCGCGAAAGCAGCCACCAGGCCAUCUCAGUGGCAGCCGCAGCCACAGUUGCCGCAUUUGGCCGCCCGCACGCAUAAAAUAUGAUCAAAUUGCUACGAAAUUGAUUUCAAUUGGCGACUCAACAAAAGCAAACGAAUCUUCAAUGUUUGACGCCUGCAGCGAAUCUUGAGAAUCAUUUCACCCCUCCAAAAAGAAGAACUAACGGAGUCAGCCAAGAACUUGCGGUUCGGUUCCCAAAGAAUGGCGCAGACAACACAGCUGCAGCAGGCAGCGCCACCGCCAUCAUCGGUCGGUGCAGGCACUGCCGCGCCCGCAGCAGCAGGAGCAGCCCAGGCGCAGCCAACGCCGGUUGCUGCCACCACACCAGUGUCGAAUCCAUCCACGCCACAGCCACCGAGCAGCAACAAUAACAACAACAAUAAUAAUAGUGUUGUGUCACCCGCUGGUAACAACAAUAAUAACGUGAUGGCGGCACCCGUGCAGGCAUUCACACCCGCCGGACAGCCAAUAUACAACCAGGGGCACAUGCCCGCUCAUGGAGGACAUCCGCAUGUGGGCGGCCACUAUGCUGCGACCAUGCUCCAGGCACCCAUUCCGAGCAACGUCUAUGUGAAGACUGUCACUGCCAAUGUGAAUCUACAUAGCUGGUCGCACUCGGUUCCCGCCUACAUACCCGGAGGAGGACAGGCCCAUUACAUGCCCCACGGCGACAUGCCACAGGACCAGCAGGGCAAUCCAUUGAUGCAACAACUGCAGCAGGUGCCGAUUACCUUGGCUACCCAGGGCGUCAGUCCCAAUCAGCAUAAUCCUAACAUGGGUGGACGCGGACGUUUACGUGGACGCGGCGGUAGAGGUGGCCCGCGACGCAAUGACUACCAUCCACGUCAUCUGCAACAACAACAACAGCAGCAGCAGCAGCAACAGCUGAUUCCUCUGCCCCCACAGCAACAAAUGCAGCCGGACAGCGCCGGCGCUGGGGCGCCCAACAUGCAGCUGCAGCCGGACCAUCAGCUGGUUGCCGGGCCGCCCGAUGGGCAAAUGCAACCUGUGCCCUACUAUCCCCAUCCUUACACCUAUGGGCCAUAUCCUGCUGCCUAUUUUGCGCCGCAGCAUGCGGCCCUGCAGGCUCCGCCCAAUGCUGGCGCAGCGGCGGCUGCCCAGCAGGUUACCGGCCCCCCGAUCUACAUGCCGUUCAUGUAUCCUAACGCCAUGUACAACUGCAUGGGAGGCUACGUAUACCAGCAUCUCAUCCCACAGCCAGAGUACCCAUACGUGUCCGAGGAUGGCAGCCAGCCGGGUGGCGUAGAUGAGCGUGGACAACAGCCGGACGGGGGCAUGCCGCAGAUCUGGCAUCCCGGCCCCAUGUAUGCGGAGGAAUAUGCCGACGUGCUUCAGCAGCAGCAACAACAACAACAUCAGCAGCAGCAGGUCUCGAAUCCGAAUGGAGCACCUGGUCUCGGCGAUGAGCUCAAUCACAACAACUUCUCGCUGCCAUCCUCGGAAACGGGCAGCAUGCUGAGCCCCAGCUGUUCCGUCUAUGAGGCGUCGAUCCAUGAGAUGCAGCAUCAAAUGGGCGUCAUGCAGAUCUACGACGAUGGUCAGAUGGCCUCCCUGCAGACCAUUCACCCGGGCGCUGGUCCAGUCCAACAGUACGUGGAUGAGCUAGCGGAAUGCGUUGUGGGACCGCCUGGUGCCAUUCCCGUGGAAUGGGCAGCUCCGCUACCAAUGGCCGGUCCAGCAGCCAUGCUGCCGCCACCUCCACAGUGGCAGGCGGGGCAGGAAUGGCAACAACCGCCAACAGUGGCCAUAGAACAGCAGCAGCAACCGCAAAUGAUUCAGGCACAGCCACCACAAGCCCCCACACCGACGCCACAGCAGCAGCAGCAACAGCAGCAGCCGCUGCAUCAGGAUCAGCUGGUUGUUGAGAAGAAUUUGAUGAAUAAUAAUAAUGAAGUUCCUUUGGAGGAGAUUCUGAGCAAUGAAAAGCAGCAGCAAAUCGAAAUGGAGUAUCAGCAGCAACAACCGGCGCAUCCACCUCCACAGCAGCAGCAGCCACAGUUGCCACAACAAAUUGAGAAGCAGGCAACGAAAGUGGCUACCAAUCAGGUGGUGGCAACAGUGGCACCUCAACAGCAAAUGCAGAAGCAACAGGCGGCUCCGCAGCAUCAUCAACAGCAACAGACAUCGCCCGUGGUGGUGCCACAGCAGCAGCAGCAACAACAGCAGCAGCAGCAGCAGCAGCAGCAGCAACAGCAGCAACACCAUCAGCAGCAGCCACAGAGCGGCUAUCAGGAGGUGCAACAUCAGCCACAUCAACAGUCUCAACAGCAACAUCAGCAACAGCAUCAACAGCAACAGGCGCCACAGCAGCAAGUGCGAAAGCCGCCACAGCAAUACAAUCAAUCGCAGCAGCAUCAGGUGCGUCGCAAGUACUCGUCGGAGUACAAUCAUCAUCACCAGGGAGCAGGAGGUAACAGCAGCAGCGAGACGGGAAUACAGACAACAAAGAGCAUGUCCUGGACAAACUCUGCGCAGCACAAGAAGUCCACGCAGUCCGUUUCGGUGACGGCAUCGCCCAACAAUGUUAAUAAUGGACCAGGAGGAGCUACAGCAGGAGCAGCCACAGGAGGAGGCAGUGGAGGAUUCAACAAAUCCGGCAGCUACAGUCACUCCACAAAGACGUACACCAAUCAGCAGCAUUACCAGCAGCAGCACUAUCAGAAUAAUUAUACGAACAACAGCAGCACCAGCAGCAACAGCAGCAGCAACGCUGGCGGCAACAACAACAGCAGCAGCAGUGCCAGCAACAAUCAACAACAACAGCAGCAGCAGCAACAACAGCCACAGCAACAGCCACAAGUGCGCACCUAUGGCACGAUGAAGGUGCCCUCGUCGCCAGUGGCCAGCAAUGCCCCUUUGCUGGAGAGAAAGAACAGUCAGCAGGGAGGUGCCACAGUAGCUGCAGCAGCAACAACUACCUCAACGGCGAGCAUAACAGCAACGCCAAGCCAUUUCCAGCAGCAAGAGACGAGCAAUGCAGCGGCAGCAGCAGCUUCUCAGCAGCAGCAGCAAUCACAUUACCACCAGCAACAGCAGACACAACCUGCCACACAGCAACAAUAUGCUGCACCGCCAGCGGCCGCCACCAAGACCUACAGCAGCUAUGCGGCCAAGCGACAGCACACUGUUUACGAGCAGCCAGCCCUAAGCUCCGUGGUAUCCGCAUCUGCAUCCUCCUCCACUUCCGCCAAUACCCAGCCGCAGAUGAAUCUGGCCCCGCCCGCACCACCCGCUUCGCAAAGCAAUCAAAACAGCGCCGAGAGCUCGCAGCCCUCGUGGGCGAGUCUGUUUGCCAACAAGAAGCCAGUGGCCAAGGUGGCACCGUACGAGGCCAACAAACCAACACCCGCACCGGCGCCUUUGCCAGUUCAACCGCCUGUGCAGCAGUUGGCACCGCCACAGCCACAGCUACCAGUUCAACCUCAGCCGCAAGCCACUGUGGUAGUUGCAGCACCACAGCCUCAACCUCAGCAGCAGCCACAGGUGCAGCAGCAGCAGCCACAGCCCCAGACACAACCUCAGUCUCAGCCACAGCCACAGCCUCAACCUCAGCCACAACCACAGCUGCAGGCCCCACCAAAACCACAAUUGAAGCCGCAACCACAACUGCAGCCACAGCCAAAACUUCAGCCCCUUUUGCCAGCCCCAACCGCUCAUCAGCAACUGCAACUCCCAGCGCCAGUGCCUGCGCCCAUCACACCUUUGAUAACGCCCGGAACGCUCUCCUAUUCGGCUGCCUCGGCACAGGCGAUGCCAGCGCCCAGUCCCUCGGCAUCCAUCAAACCUCUGAAACCAGAGCCUGUUGCGCGUCCUUCGGCCCAACUCGAUGAGUGGACCAACAAAUAUGCAGAUUUCCUGACACGCCAGAAGACUAAUUUGGCGCCCAUCAGCCUGCGUCCCCGAGGACUAACCAAUCGCUCAAACUAUUGUUACAUCAACUCUAUACUCCAAGCGCUGCUGGGCUGUUCGCCGUUCUACAAUCUGCUGCGAUCGAUACCCAAGCAGGCGGCGGUCCUGAGUGACGUGAAGACGCCAACAGUGAAUGCCAUGAUGUCUUUUAUGACCAACUUUUCAUCGCUGCCCAGUGGGCUGCGUCUACGUUUGAACACUCUCAACAAGGCGGCCCAGAACAAGGGCAAAGAUGAAUUUGCCGGCACGGACCUGCAGUGCGAUAUUGCCUUUGAGCCCACAGAUAUUUACAAGCUGUGGAACGACAGCCGCGAGGAGCAUGUCGAGGGUCGCCAGGAGGAUGCCGAAGAGUUUUUGGGUUAUGUUUUGAAUAAACUCAACGAUGAGAUGUUGGAGGUAAUUAAACUGAUUGCCAAGCCCGUGCCACAGCAGAACGGCCAAGAGCAGCCGGAGCCCGAAGAUGGUGGCGAGGUCUGGCAGAUGAUUUGCAACAAUCGAAACAAGGGCAGUGUCACACGCCAAACAGAUUUUGGACGCACUCCCAUCAGCGACAUCUUUCGCGGAGAAUUGCGCUCCCGUUUGCAGCGUGAGGGAGAACACUCCACGGAUGUGAUUCAGCCAUUCUUUACUCUACAAUUGAACAUUGAAAAAGCUGCUUCUGUCAAGGAAGCCCUAGAGAUCCUAGUGGGUCGUGAUCAAUUAGAGGGCGUUACGGGUAGCAAGACCAAGCAGGAAGUGGUGGCCUGGCAGCAAAUGACCCUCGAGAAGCUACCAGUUGUACUGAUAUUGCAUUUAAAGUACUUUGAUUACCGAUCCGAUGGUUGCACAAAGAUCCUAAAGAAAGUCGAGUUCCCCGCCGAACUGAAGAUCGAUGCCAAGAUACUUGGCUCGAAGAAAACCUCCCAGAAGCAGCGUGCCUACCGCUUGUUCGCAGUGGUCUAUCAUGACGGAAAGGAGGCCUCGAAGGGGCACUACAUUACGGAUGUGUUCCACACGGGGUACAACAAUUGGUUGCGCUAUGACGACAGUUCGGUGAAACCGAUUAGCGAGAAGCAAGUGCUGCAGCCGCAUACGCCGCGGGUGCCUUAUCUACUCUACUAUCGUCGCUCCGAUACCAUCCAGCAUGCCACACAGCCGCAUCAACAGCAGGCAAAUGGAGGCGGUGCAUCGGGAGGCGUUGUGGGAGGAUCAACAUCCAAUUCGGACGCCAAUAAGUGAAAGAAAACUUGUAAAAUAUAUCAGAUACACAGAUAACUAUAAGUGCUAGGCGAUAAUGAGUGAGCGAGAGUGAGGGAGCGAGAGAGUGAGUGAAAGAAUUUGGUUUUUAGAUGCAUAUACGUUAUACAAACAACAUAGCGAUUAAGAUAUACAUAUAUUCAAGUGGUAAAUUAAGCCAAAAGUCCAAAGCGCAUGUGUGCGAGAUGUAAAGAGUGUGAGUGAAGCAAGGAACCAUAGCUCUAAGCUUAGGAAUUAGUGAUUAAGAUGACACAUUGAAACGAAUUCGUUGUACAAAGUGGCAGAAGAAAUUAUUGUAUAAAAACUACCGAGAAAAGGCAGUAACAUUCGUAGCAAAGAGUAGCGAAAGUGAAACGAACACUCGGUAAAACUGAACAGCGAUAGAAAAAAUAUCAUUUAUAAAUUAGUGCUAAAGAAAAACUAGCUACACCCCAAUUUACCAAUUUUCUGUAAUCAUUUAACCAUGGCACAAAAAAAGUAAUCUAGCCAUUAACGUUAGUCAGUGUAUAGCCCCUCCUGUCCCCCCUAGAAUUCUUCGAUUUAUGACAAAAGAUUUAGUGCUGUAAAUAGUAUACAAAAUAACUAUAUAUUGUACUGCAGUUUUACUCGUGUGUGGCAUGCAGCAUGUGCAUUUAGACGCCCAACAAUAUAUGGAAUGCUUUGAAUAUGCUUUAAAAAGAAUAUAUAGAAACCAGAAGACUCUCUUUCGAUUGGGAGCAACAACCAGAUCAUAGAACCCACAACAGAAACACGUUCAUUUUGUAAUUUAUUAUUUUAUGUUGUUUAGUUUUACUUAGAAAUCCGUUUAAGGACAGGCGUAUAUGAUAUAUUAUAUCCAUAUAUAUUACACAAAUUGUUAUUCAUAGUUAGUCAAACGUCCAACGAGACAGAUGGGUACAUACAUAAUACAGAUUUUUGGAUUCGUUGUGUUUGCGCCUUUAUGAUAUUCGAACACCACAGUUUGCUUAGGUCUAGGGUCGCAUAUAUGUAUAGCAUACUAUACAGGUUUAUAUAACUUCUUAGAGAAUUGCUUGUGGGGAUUGAAAGGAAACGAAAAUGAGAACUAAAACAAAACAAAAACACUAAUCAAUCAUUUACAUAUAUAUUUUCAUAGGCUAUAUAACUCCAUAUAUAUUAUUUAUAGAUAUCGUGCCAAUGUUUAAAAAAGAAAACAGCUAAAAAACAGAAGAAACACAAUUUGUAAAACUUGUCAAAGCCUUGUAUAGUCAUUCGGCUAGACGAUAAGUGAGAAUAUAAUGAUUAUUAAUCAAUAUAUAUACAGACCAUCAUCAUCAUCGAUAUAUGUGCUGAUAACAGACAAGUGCUGACAUUCAAAUGGAUAAAUGAUUCAUGGAUCCAUUUGAUUGUCAUUACUUCUGAAACACAAAACAAUUUAUUCUUAAGAUAGAACACACAUACAGAAAUGACUUACAGAUAACCAAUGUAAAUCGAUAUAUGUAUAAUAUAUAUAUUUUUAUGUUAUACAUACACACCAACACACACACACACACAGCACACAUAUGAAUUAAUUGUAAGCCCAAUAUAAUAGGAAAGCAUUUUUUUUAUAGAAACUAUACGCGUCAUCUAUGCGCUCUGCUAGUUAAAAAAUAGGUUCCUACAAUUAUACGAGAAAAAUAACCGAUAAAAACCACAAAAAAAAAACACAAAACACAUAAGGAAAAUACCACAAAAAACAAGGACAAAUGUUAGAAUCGUAAAUGGAAAAGCGAUAAGCGAAACAAUAAUAUUAAUAAUAUAAUGGAUGUAGUCUAAAGCCAAGCUAAAAGAAAAACCAUCAACAAUUAACAACAACAAAAAAACAACUAACAUUAUAAUACAUUUAACUAUAAAUACAAUUUAUACAAGAAAACAAAAAAGUAAUACCAACCAAGCAAGAAAAUUGGUGGCAAAAGACCUGAAAAAUGUAUCGGAAUAAUGUUUAUACUAUAUUAAUAAUGUAUGUAUAUUUUUGCAAGCGAAAUUAUAAUGUCAAACAUAUAAACGAAACGAUAAAGAAUAGGAUAAAGCGAUAGAUCGAUCAUAAAUCGGUAAUAAAGACGUAAAACAUUUUCGCUUAUAUUAAAGUAUAAUUUUUGUAACCCUAUUUUUGUUAUGUAACUUAUGGAAUACUCCAAAAAGUAAUGUUUAUUGUAUUUUUUUUAAAUAUAGUCCUUGUUUUGUCCUUCCCAGCCAAGUGUGGUAGUGCGUUUCAUAGCUGUAAAUCAAUGAAAAUCAUGAAUUUAUAGUUUAAACAAUGAAACAUCGUUUCACCUUCUGCCUUAAUUCAAAGAAAGCCUUAAAUCAGUGACCGCCUUUAAUGAUAUAUGCAACUAUUUCUUUUGACACACUAGAUACCGACUUGUGCUUGUGAAACGCACUGUACACUCUCUAAAUUCCAAUAUUUUUGUCGUUUCUGUUCCAUUUAUCGUGUUAUAUUUUGGUAAUUGUUUGUGUGAACCUUUUAACAUUAUGUUUGUCCCCAUGAUUUAAUGUAUGACUUAGCCCUUAAGUAGUUUCUAAGGCUGUGUAACUAAACAAAACUAAAAACAAGAGUAUGUACUAACAAAAAAAAACCUAUGGCUUACGGACAUAUGUUUAUCCCUUUGAUUGGUUGUUGUAUUUGAGUUUAGCGCCGUACAAUUUUUGUUUAUUUUGAAUAUGAUAUCGAGGCGGGAUAAACAGAAAUUGGCAAGUGCACUUACUAAACGUAUAAUGAAAUAUAAAUGAAGUACAUAAAUAAUGAAUCGAUUAUAAAAGUCUAAGCUGUAAGUACGAUACAAACUAAUAUAACGAUAUAACAAAAUGUUUUGUAAACCAUUUUCUGAGCCUUGAAGCAAAAGGGUCAACGAAAGGGCUGGAAAAUGCUCAAAAGCAAUGGCCAGAAAAGCAACAUAAAGUGUAAAAGAACACACACAAAAAUCAAAGUUAAGCAAAGCUAAGAAAAAAUGAAAGCGAAAGCUUAAAUAUUUAGUCCACAUUUUAGUCUAAACAAAAACAAAACAAA